AACGCAUUCAAUUUUUGCAAACGCAACGAAUUUCGCAACGUUCGAAAUUUAGUAAUCUCGUGAAUCCAAAUUGAGUGAUCAUGAUACAUAAAUUAUUAAACUUGACGUCUCGAGUUACAAUUGCAAACAUGUGGAAAUUAUUAUUUAUUUCCUUGAGCGUUAUGUAUAUUGGUGAAUGCUCGCCGCGCGACAAGCUACACAGAAGAUGGACCCCGAAUGACAUUGUAACCCUUACGCCCCAUCACAGCGGCCCUCCUGACCAUAAUAAACUGGUUGCAAUGGCGAGAUAUGUUCUACACAACUGUGAUUGGGCAUCGAUAGCAUCAAUAUCUGUUCUACCAGCCAUUGAAGGGUUCCCCUUCUCCAACGUGAAGUCCGUAGUGGACGGAUCCAUGGCUAAUUCUACUGGAAUUCCGUACUUUUACAUGUCACCGUUGGAUUUCACCGCUCGAGAUUUGUCGAAAAAUAGUCGCGCUACAGUUUUGGUUUCGCUCGAAGAGACGAGGUACUGUGAAAACCAAAAAUACGACCCCGAAGACCCGCGGUGCACGCGGCUUAUGCUUUCUGGAAAAAUGAAGAAGGUCAAAGAGGGAACCCCAGAGUACUUGUUCGCCAAGGCGGCUUUGUUUGAGAGGCACCCGGCUAUGGCCAACUUCCCACCAGAUCACGCCUGGUUCAUCGCUAAGAUGAAAAUCGCUCAAAUAGCGAUGGUGGAUUGGUUCGGCGGCGCCAAGUACGUUCCAGUUAAAGAUUACCUCGCGUACAACUACACCGGAACUGAGAUGUUAGACUAUCACAACCGGAAUCACUACAAUUUGGACGAAGCUUGAAAUUAUGUUACCCUUUUAUGUUAUUCUAACAUGUAGGAAUUUAUUUGUAUUAAAACUUGUAGUUUUGUUAUA